GACAACUUUCCGGGCCGGGGAUUUGAUGAACGGAGGAUUUUCCGGUGUCAGUUUUCCGGACAGCCUCGCACCUCAGGCUUCGCAGCGCUUACUCUCAGGGAACCGAGCGGUCUGCGUUCCUCCAUGAGACCCGCUUCACCUUCAGCCUGACAGCCGGGCUCAGGGGCAGCGGACCCGGCUUUACGAAGCAUCUAGUGAUCCCCCCUUUUUUUCUUUUUUUUCUUCUUCUUUUUUUUUCUUUUUUCCUCCACACAUGGCUCUUGUAACACAAACAUAACACACGUUUUGUGGAUUGUGGAAGUUUUAUUUAUAGUCGCCCGGGCUUUUUUUGUUGUUUUUUUUUGUUUUGUUUUUUGCACAGCUGCGGGCGCUAACAAUGGAGAUGAGACGGUGGUCCACCAGGUGGAAAACGAAACGAUGGGUUUGGAAUUCCGUCUUACCCGCCGUGGUCGGCCUGACUUUAGUCCUGCAAGCUGCCGGUGUCGGAGCAGCUGAACCUGUGGAUGUACUCAAGGUGCUGGACUUCCACAACUCCCCCGAAGGAGUACGGAAAACAACAGGGUUCUGCUCAGUCCGGAGAGGAUCCAAACCAGAUGUAGCUUUCCGAGUGUCGAAACAGGCCCAGAUCAGCGCUCCAACCAAACAGCUCUUCCCAGGAGGAGUUUUCCCUGAGGACUUCUCCAUCCUGUUUACCAUCAAGCCCAAGACUGGCCUCCAGACCUUCUUGCUGUCUGUGUACAACAAGCAAGGCAUCCAGCAGCUCGGCGUGGAGGUAGGCCGUGCUCCCGUCUUCCUGUACGAGGACCAGCAUGGCAAGCCCGCCCCCGAGGAGUACCCCCUGUUCCGCUCCAUCAACCUGGCCGAUGGAAGAUGGCAUCGUGUAGCCAUCAGUGUAGAGAAAAAGACCGUCACCAUCAUCGUGGACUGUAAGAAGAGGCUGACCAGGCCGCUCGGCAGAAGCGACCAGGCUGUUAUCAACACAGAGGGCAUCACCGUCUUCGGCACCAGGAUUCUCGAUGAGGAAGUCUUUGAGGGUGACAUCCAACAGCUGCUGAUUGUGGCGGACCCCCGGGCGGCCAACGACUACUGUGAACAUUACAGCCCCGACUGUGAAACCCCCAACCACCAUGACACCCCCCAGAACCAGGAGCCCGAGGGCGAGUACACUAACUAUGACUAUGGUGAGUUGUAUGACUACAGUGAAGGGGAGUUGGCCACUGAGUCCCCCCCGACCGAAGGAGCCAAACCUGAGACCAACAUGGGUGGAGAUUACUACCCAGAUGAGUACGACUACACCGGCAUGGACGGCAGUCAGACUGAAACCCCCACCGACUCAGCCGGACCAGGCCAGAACUACGAAGAGGAAAUAGUUGACGAUUACAUCACCGGUGUGGAACAGGUUGGUGCGGACCCCACCGUCGCCGUGGAAACGCCCGCCCUGGUCGACGCUACGGAGAAACCCGUGGACGCCGGCACCGACCUGUACGACUUUAAGGAAUACGACCUGAAGGAAUAUGACACCAAGGAGUACGAAAAGAAACACUACGAGUAUGGCGACUAUGGUGAUUACAGCGUCACUGACUCCAAGCCCACACCCUCGAUGUAUGAGGAAGAGUUUGGGCCUGGUGUGCCCGCCGAGACUGACUUCAGAGAGAGCAACGUGGGUGGAGGUCAGAGUUACAUGGGAGAAAAAGGAGAGAAAGGUGAACCCGCUGUCAUCGAACCAGGGAUGCUUAUAGAAGGACCCCAAGGAGCCCCUGGCCAAGCAGGUCUCCCCGGUACCCCAGGCUUGCAGGGUUCCCCAGGUCCUCUAGGAGAUCCUGGUGAGAGGGGUCCUCCAGGGCGUCCCGGUCUUCCAGGUACAGACGGUGUUCCUGGUCCUCCAGGUACCGUUCUGAUGCUGCCAUUCCGUGCGGGAGGAGAGGCACACAAGGGACCUGUGGUUUCAGCCCAGGAAGCCCAGGCUCAGGCUAUCCUGUCGCAGGCUAGGCUAGCCAUGAGGGGCCCUCCAGGGCCAAUGGGCCUGACGGGAAGAUCAGGACCUGUGGGAGGUCCUGGUAAUGCUGGACUUAAAGGUGACAGUGGUGACUCUGGACCACAGGGACCAAGAGGUCUUCAAGGUGGUACCGGUCCCCCGGGCAAAGCAGGAAAGAGGGGUCGCAAUGGAGCCGAUGGUGCACGAGGAAUGCCUGGUGAGGCGGGAACCAAGGGUGACCGUGGUUUCGAUGGCCUCCCUGGUCUUCCUGGAGAGAAGGGACAUAGAGGAGAGCUGGGCCCCACAGGUCCUCCGGGGCCUCCAGGAGACGAUGGCCAGAGAGGUGAAGAUGGUGAGAUCGGACAGAGGGGCGUCGCUGGCGAGAGCGGCCCUAGGGGUCUGCUCGGCCCCAGAGGACCUCCAGGUCCUUCAGGACAGCGUGGUCUCCCUGGACUUGACGGCCAAGCUGGACCCAAAGGGAACAUGGGCCCACAAGGAGAGCCAGGACCACCUGGACAACAGGGCAUCUCUGGUCCACAUGGUCUCGUUGGUCCUCAAGGUCCAAUCGGGCCGCCCGGUGAAAAAGGACCCCAUGGUAAACAGGGUUUGGCUGGCCUGGCUGGCGCUGACGGUCCUCCUGGGCAUCCAGGGAAAGAGGGUCCGCCAGGAGAGAAAGGAGGAGUUGGUGCUCCUGGUCCUAUGGGAUCCAUCGGCUACCCAGGUCCUCGAGGUGUGAAGGGUGCUGAGGGUAUCAGAGGACUUAAAGGUGGCAAAGGAGAAAAGGGAGAAGAUGGAUUCCCUGGCUUCAAAGGUGACAUGGGUCUCAAGGGUGACAAGGGGGAGGGCGGCGUGCUGGGAUCCAGAGGAGAGGACGGACCUGAGGGCCCCAAAGGCAAGUCCGGUCCUGGCGGUGAGGCUGGCCCCAUGGGAUCAGCUGGAGAGAAGGGAAAACUCGGUGUUCCCGGAUUACCUGGAUACCCCGGUAGACAGGGCCCCAAGGGUUCCAAUGGCUUCCCCGGAUUCCCAGGAUCAAAUGGAGAGAAGGGGACAAGGGGAAUCGCUGGCAAAUCUGGCCCAAGAGGGCAGCGGGGCCCAACGGGUCCACGUGGUGGCCGCGGCGCCAGAGGACCAACGGGAAAACCAGGUGCAAAGGGUACCUCAGGCAAUGACGGGCCCCCCGGCGGGCCAGGAGAGAGGGGACCUCAAGGGCCACAAGGACCAGUCGGCUUCCCUGGACCCAAAGGACCCAAUGGCCCACCAGGGAAGGACGGGCUGCCUGGCCACCCAGGGCAGAGAGGAGAGACGGGCUUCCAAGGAAAGACUGGACCCCCGGGACCUGGAGGUGUGGUCGGGCCACAGGGCCCCACGGGAGAGACAGGACCCAGCGGAGAGAGAGGACACCCGGGCUCCCCGGGGCCACCUGGUGAGCAAGGUCUACCUGGAUCUGCUGGCAAAGAGGGUGGAAAGGGUGACCCAGGUCCCCAGGGUAUUUCUGGGAAGCCCGGUCCUCCUGGCCUGAGGGGCUUUGCAGGAGCAAGAGGUCUUCCAGGAGCCAUGGGUCCAGGUGGCUUGAAGGGAGGAGAAGGGCCUCAAGGUCCCCCCGGCCCCGUCGGUUCUCCUGGAGAGAGAGGUGCUGCUGGUCCCGGCGGUCCCAUCGGUUUGACAGGACGCAAUGGCCCUCAAGGACCCCCUGGCCCUGCCGGAGAAAAAGGAGGCCCUGGUGAGAAAGGCCCCAUGGGUCCAGCCGGUCGCGACGGCAUUCAAGGUCCUGUUGGUCUCCCCGGACCCGCCGGCCCUCAAGGACCCCCCGGAGAGGAUGGUGACAAGGGAGAAGUUGGUGGACCUGGCCAGAAAGGAAGCAAGGGAGACAAGGGUGAACUUGGUCCUCCAGGCCCAAGUGGUCUGCAGGGUGUGAUCGGAGCUCCUGGUCCAGCUGGCAGCGAUGGUGAGUCAGGACCCAGAGGUCAGCAGGGGAUGUUUGGCCAGAAGGGAGAUGAAGGAUCCAGAGGAUUUCCUGGUCUGCCAGGACCCGUUGGACUGCAGGGACUGCCUGGCCCACCAGGUGAGAAAGGAGAGAACGGAGACGUAGGACCGAUGGGUCCUCCUGGUCCACCAGGUCCAAGAGGUCCUCAGGGUCCCAGCGGAGCUGAUGGCGCACAAGGACCCCCUGGUGGUAUCGGCAGUAUGGGAGGUAAUGGAGAGAAGGGAGAGACGGGUGAGGCCGGCAACCCAGGAUCACCUGGAGAGCCUGGUCGUGGAGGCCCAAAAGGAGAAACCGGCGAGAAAGGCGAAGCCGGCCCACCUGGAGCUGCCGGGCCCGCGGGUGGCCGUGGACCCUCUGGAGAUGAUGGCCCCAAGGGUAACCCUGGCCCUGUGGGAUUCCCUGGAGACCCUGGACCCCCUGGUGAGCCUGGUGUUGCUGGCGUGGAUGGUUUACCGGGAGACAAAGGGGAUGACGGAGAAGCCGGUCAGCCUGGCCCUCCUGGACCAUCUGGCGAGGCUGGAGUACCAGGACCACCUGGCAAAAGGGGACCCAUUGGACGACAAGGUCAGGAGGGCAGACAAGGAGAGAAGGGAUCCAAGGGAGAGGCUGGAGCCGAGGGAGCUGUUGGGAAAACAGGACCCGUGGGACCACAGGGACCACCUGGAAAAGCUGGACCAGACGGUCUGCGUGGAAUACCUGGCCCUGUUGGUGAACAAGGACUUCCCGGUUCUUCUGGUCAAGAUGGCCCUCCUGGACCUCUAGGACCCCCUGGACUUCCUGGCAUGAAAGGUGACUCUGGAUACAAAGGAGAGAAGGGUCACCCAGGUCUGAUUGGUCUCAUUGGACCCCCCGGUGAGGCUGGAGAAAAGGGAGACAGAGGUCUGCCUGGACCUCAAGGUUCUGCUGGUGGAAAGGGAGACGCUGGUAUUGGCGGUUCUUCUGGCCCACUUGGCCCUCCCGGCCCCCCUGGAAUUCCUGGCCCUCAAGGAUCGAAAGGAUCCAAGGGAUCAUCUGGUUCAGCUGGUCAAAAGGGAGACACUGGAAUGAUUGGACCGCCUGGACCACCUGGCCCUCCCGGUGACAUCAUCCAGCCGCUGCCCAUCCAGCAGACCGCCAGAAAGACCAGGCGACAGGCUGAGAUGCAGGAAGACGAGGCCAUGGCAGACUACGGCAUGGGGAUGGAGGGGAUGGAGGACAUUUUCGGAUCCCUCAAUAACCUCAAACAGGACGUAGAGCGUAUGAAAUUCCCAAUGGGCACCCAGGACAACCCUGCCAGGACCUGCAAUGACCUGCACCUUAGCCAGCCUGACUUCCCAGAUGGUGAAUACUGGAUUGAUCCAAACCAGGGGUGCAUGGGAGAUGCCAUCAAGGUCUUCUGUAAUUUCACAGCAGGAGGAGAGACCUGCAUCUAUCCAGAUAAGAAGUCCUCAGGAGUCAGAAUAUCCAACUGGCCCAAGGAGGCUCCAGGUUCAUGGUUCAGCGAAUUUAAACGGGGCAAAAUUCUGAACUACGUGGACAUGUCGGAGAACUCAAUCAACAUGGUGCAGAUGACCUUCCUGAAGCUGCUGAGCUCCUCGGCACGUCAGAACUUCACCUACAUCUGCCACCAGUCGGUGGCCUGGUACGACGCCAAGGCCGACAACUACAACAAGGCGUUGCGUUUCCUGGGCUCCAACGACGAGGAGAUGUCCUACGACAACAACCCGUUCAUCAAGGCCCUGUCGGACGGCUGCUCGCUGAAGCAGGGCUAUUCCCGGACGGUGAUGGAGAUCAACACCCCCCGCAUCGACCAGGUGCCUAUCAUCGAUGUCAUGCUGAACGACUUCGGGGAUCCCAAUCAGAGGUUCGGCUUCGAGGUCGGACCCGUCUGUUUCCUCGGCUAGACGGCGUCCCCCCCCAAUCCCAAUACCCCCUCCCCCCGACACCCUCCGCCACCACCACCGCCGCCUCCCCACUGCAGGACAGGGUCAGAGGGCACACGUUCGUUAACACACACACACACACACACACACACACACGCAUGCUGAGAUCUGACCACAUUCGCCUUUCUCUCCUCGUGAGCCAAACCUGUGUUGUUGGGUUUUUUUUUGUUAUUUGUUUUUAUUAUUAUUAUUAUUAUUAUUAUUAAGAAGAUCCACUCAAGCCCGUAGAAGACGCGUGCCCCCGGGCCCUGUCGUGUAAGCAUUGACCAGGGGAAACUUGCUCCUCGCCCUUGUAGGGCCACAAUCACAUGACUUUAACUUAGCAACGGGAGUGACAUCAAGAAGAGGACAUUUGAUGCCGUGGCGGACAGUGGUGCAGCAACAGAGAGAGGCCCCACCCUUCCUUAACACCCCCCCCCUUUCCAACCAACAACCACCCUCCCCAUCAAUGCCUCCCCUCUCUGGAUGCUUCAGGUGCCACUCUGAAUACAACCACAGAGGUGCUUUUGUGCAGAAUCACAAAACACCCAAGGUGCUACAAAAAGUGCAUUUUGAUAAACUGUAAUUAUUAUUAUUAUUUUGUACAAUAGUGUUCCUUUCUGAAUCCACUUUCCACACAUGCAUGUGUCCUGGCUCCUAAGGUUCUAACAAAUGUUUUGGUAAGCUAUAUAGAUAAAUCUGCAACAUACUUGUUUUGAAAUGUUGGCUGAGAACUAAUUGGCAAGAAAUAUUACGUUGUCUUUGGAAAGCAGCGAGACCGUAUAUCAAUUAGACCAAAACCUCUUGAAUUUGUAAGUACGAAGAAAAGUUCCCUUUGUAAAUAAUAAACACUUCAUGUUUCGACCCCUGUAAGAAGAGUAAAACCGUGAUGCAACGCAGCGACCAAAUCAACUCAUAUUUUUUUUGCAUAAUUUGCAGUCUCUAUGUUUCUUACAUACUACUUUGCGUGACAAAAUAGCAAAUUAAGGCAUAGAGAGGAAGAAAUGGUAAUAUAAAUGUGUUUCUUAGCUGCUGCAAUGCAGUAUCAUUUUAAUUACAGUUUAUUAUUCCAAAAAAAAAACAAAGACUUUAUUCUUCCAGAUGGUAUACCUCAAUUGCUCUAAAGUAUUGCGAUAUUUGGAUGUUCAACCCCGUAUACGCCUUGAUUAUGUAAUUAAGCUGAUAUACGUGGGUGGAGAUAUUUUUACAGGGGAAACGAGAAAACAGUUUGUGUAGUUCCACCUGUCCAGUUUGUUUAUGAAUGCACAAAACAGCCCUUUCAGUACUAUUUUUGUAACAAUAAGGAAAUGUUUUCAUGUGGCUUUGGAUGGUUCAUUCAGAAAUAUUAAAACUGGAUUCUGAACAAUGCUGGGUUGAACGUCUGGGUUGAUGUCCACCUGCGCGCAGAAACGAUUUACGUACAUUACUCUUUUUUUUGUGUGAUUCUAACGCUGUUUUAUAGGCAUUGCUUUCCCUCGUCCCGUAUAAUUUAAGAUCAGGAGAGUCAGUGGUACAUGUUUGGGUUCUUGCGGGUUGAUUUUAUUCGGCCUCGUGUGAAUCCCAGCAGCCGCCCCCCCCAUCCCCGUCUCUCCCACCAUUUUUCUCUGACUCAGAUUUGACUUAGAUCGAGGUCUGUGUGAAUCUCCAUCUCCCCUGCUUAUGGCAACAGUAGCGAAAGACUUCAGAGCCGCUUUCAAAUUUUGUGUAAUUAUGUUUACAACCUAUGUAUAACUGAAAUAAAUGUUUGGUGCCUUGCCAAAUGCACACUGCAAUGGUUUUGCAUUUACUGAAAGAUAAUGUUAUUUUGGUUAAAGCCGCAAUUAUCCGAACAGAGUCCAAAAGUAUUUGGCUGUGCAUUAAUACGUUCCAGUGAUGCAAUGGAAUAUUUUAUGUCAAUACUUGCUGUAUCUCUGCAUGUUUGUUCAGAGCAGAUGUGCAAUGUGAUUGCACAAAUACUGUAAUUUGCCAGAUGUGGGGUGGUGAUAAUAACGCUAAGGCUGGGUCGGUCUCAUAUUAAGUUUAAAUGCAUCGCUGGGUUUCGUUGUGGGAGUCAGGUUUGACCGUACGAAGCCAACGGGAGUCUCCUACACCGAGUGCGACGGCGCUUCAGAGACCUUAUAGUAAACCUCCACCUGCUCUUAGACGAAAAACCUGCAUCACUACGAAGUCAGAUUCUCAGCAUUUUAGAAAAGCAGUCUUUUUUUUUUUCAGGUUAAAGGCCACAUGUUGUUGAAAUUGGUUUUGAAUGGGUGCAAUGGACUCCGGGCUGAUGAAAAGCACUCUUACCUGUGAAGGACUGUGUGAAAUAUUCAAGUAAAAAUGAUGAACAAUACCAAACAUUGUUUCUGGUGCUUCUGCCAUGGAGCUGCCGCAGACUAUUCUAUAGUAACACAUGGUGUCACUCCACCAGAGCUCCAGGGUCAACACGUCUUUGAAUUCAAUUUGUUCACAUUGCAGUCUAACAAAUAUGUUGGGUUUUUUUUCUGUUUUUCUUUUUCUUUUCUUUUCUUUUUUUUGUUGCAUAAGUUGCAUGUGUAAUAUUCUUCUGGAAUUACGUUUGUUUAGUGAAAUGAAAUGGUUAUGUAUUUUACAGCAACUGAUUCACCGACAAAUACAGCCAGCC